AUGAUUGUCCUUAUAAUCACAUCCAAUAAGUCAUUGAUUAAUGGAAAGCCGCUCAUAUGGGAUGCCAUCAAAAUACACGACAGUGUUGCGGUCAUUGUCUACAACAGGACAUCGAAGAGACUGUUAUUCGUGCGUCAGUUCCGUCCGGCCGUCUUCUUCUCCUAUCUCUGCAAAAGUGUCGAUACACUCGAUUUGAACGUCUUCUCCAAAGACAACAUCCAUAAUGUGAACAAACAAUUGCUCGACAAUCCAAACCUGGGAUACACUAUCGAAAUUUGCGCCGGUAUUCUCGAUAAACAAGGAAAGUCACCACAAGAAGUGGCCAAAGAGGAGAUUGAAGAGGAAAUUGGAUAUAAAGUAGAGUUGAAUACAGUCAAAUUCAUAUCGUCGUACCGGAGCGGAGUCGGACACUCGGGUUCUCUGCAGUACUUAUACUACUGUGAAAUCACGGACGAAACGCCUAAAGGAAAGGGCGGCGGAGUUGAAGACGAGUCCAUUGAAGUGAUUGAACUGAGUAUAGAAGAGGCGAAGAAGUUGUUGUAUUGCGAGGACACGGAGGCGAAGCUGUCGCGACCGACGGCUAUGUUGUUCGCCUUGUGCUGGUUCUUCUACGAGCGUUCACCACAACUAUGAGUGCACUUCAAUCACAUCCAGUCUUGUAUUGCAAUGAAAUUUGUUUAAAUAAAAGUUUUAUUAUUUUUUCCUACUUUU